CAGCCAUUAAUAUUAGAUAAUAAUAACUUUACUCAUAAGCUUAAUUAUACGUGAACUAAAAAUGACCGUAAAUUUAAAGUAAAUAUGUGAUCAAAAAGAGCUCACUAAACAAAAAUGGAAAAUAAAAUAUCGCUUAUCUUCACGGAUGAGGCUCAUAAUGGCGAUAAUCAAAGCGAGGGUGGUGGAUUCAUGUCAAAUGCAUCGACACUGAAAAAAAGUUCUCGGAUUUCAAAGCACUCAUUCGAUAAUUUAAACAGAUUGCAAAACACACCCAACAUGAAAAUAAUAUCAAAAAUUAAUUCUAUAUCGUCACUCAACGAUAAGAAUUUGGAGAAAUUCACAAUGGGAAGUAGCAGCAGCAACAACAACAAUUCACGCUUUUUGGCCACUAAAUCUUACAUUGAUUUCCUACCGAGCUCAUCAACCAACUUCGCUAUGGACUCACACUCACAACAACCCUUAGGUUCAGCCAAAAGCCUCAAAUUUAAUAAUAGUGAUAAUUCUUCCGCUUCAGCUGUGUUCUGGGAUAAUUUUACAAAGCCACUUCCGGCAGGGCUCUCAUCGCUUCCUGCUACGUCCAACUCCAAUUUAAGGAAUACCGUAUCGUCUUCAAAUCUCCUCAAUAUCAAUUUCACGGAUUCACAGACAAAUCAACCAUCAAUUGCUAUGGUACUUCCACAAAAGUUUCAAUUUAAUCAGCCACAAGUCCAGCCAAUGUUGAAAACCUCAUCAUCAGGAUCAUCAGUACCGGAUGAGCAAUUGCAAGCAAUCUGCAAUAGAAAGAAUUCACUACCACACAGCAGUAGUCUAAUUGCAAAUAAUAAUAAUAAUAAUAAUAAUCUUAAUAAUAGUAACUUUAAAGAAAUCAGUGAUUUGAGUGUGAAUGGGAUAAACAAAAAUAAUAGCAAGCAAAUGACGUCAACAACAUCAACAAAUAGUGAUUUGCAGCAGCAUCAGAAUGGUCAGCAAAAUGAUCAACAACAAAGUAAGUCUCAAUCAACGAAAAGUUGGCCUAUUGUUGCCAGUCCACAUCAGGUGAUGAUGCUUUAUAUGAACAAAUUGACGCCAUACGAGCAUCACGAAAUCUACAAAUACUCACAAAUUUACUUUAUCGGUGCUAAUGCGAAGAAACGUUCGGGCACAGGUCCGAAUAACUCUGAUUAUGACAAUGAGAAUGGCUCGUAUAUUCACAUCCCACAUGAUCAUGUCGCUUAUCGAUAUGAAGUGCUGAAAAUCAUAGGCAAAGGCAGCUUUGGACAAGUCGUGAAAGCUUACGAUCAUAAAACACGCGAACAUGUCGCCUUGAAAAUGGUAAGAAAUGAGAAACGUUUUCAUCGACAAGCGCAAGAAGAGAUUCGCAUUUUAAAGCAUUUGAGAGGUCAAGAUAAGGAAAACACUUUUAAUAUAAUUCACAUGUUCGAUUACUUUGUGUUUCGGAAUCACAUGUGCAUCAUCUUUGAACUUUUACAUAUAAAUCUUUACGAGUUGAUCAAGAAGAAUAAAUUUCAAGGUUUCAGCUUGCAGCUUGUCCGCAAAUUUGCUCAUUCGCUUCUUCAAUGUCUAGACGCUCUCAGUAAAUUUAAGAUAAUUCACUGCGAUAUGAAACCAGAAAAUAUUCUUUUAAAGCAACAAGGUCGCUCAGGCAUCAAGGUGAUUGAUUUCGGUUCGUCGUGUUAUGAGAAUCAACGUGUUUACACUUACAUACAAAGUCGAUUUUAUCGUGCACCAGAAGUCAUUCUCGGUGGAAAGUAUGGCAUGCCAAUUGAUAUGUGGAGUUUGGGUUGUAUACUUGCUGAACUUUACACAGGCUACGCCAUUCUACCUGGUGAAGAUGAAUCUGAUCAACUUGCCUGCAUUAUUGAGUUGUUGGGAAUGCCACCGAAACAAGUUCUUGAAAACUCGAAGCGAGCUAAAAUCUUCUUCAAUGCAAAGGGUUAUCCACGUUAUUGUUCAUUGAAAACACUUGAUGAUGGAUCAGUGAUAAUGACUGAAGGCUUCUCACGACGUGGCAUUUCACGUGGCCCACCAGGCAGUCGUAAAUUAAAAAACGCUUUAAAUGGAUGUGAUGAUGUUUAUUUUCUACAAUUUAUUACAAAUUGCUUUUAUUAUGAUAAUACAUUACAUCAACUGAAUGUGAAUAAUAAUCAACAACAACAACAACAGCAACAUGGUGAUGAUGCUCACAAAUCAUUACCGCCGAGUGGUAAUCCGACGUAUUCUCAUCUUCUUCAUCACAGUGGAAAUGGUGGUGGUACGUCAACAUCAAAAUUGGGUGAUAAAUAUCAAUGCGAAAGCUAUCAAGAUUUAUCGAAUCGCAAAUCAAUGACACUUAAUCGAUUAAUGUCUUCAUCCAUUCAUUCAACGUCAACAUUAUCAUUAGUUUCAUCUCAUAACAGUAAUUCUAGUAGUAAUACUGUGAACAAUAAUGGAUCUUCUGCCACCGCUGGCAUAUCAAAAUUACCAAUGCAGAUGAAUGUCGCGGGUUUACGGAGAAAUAUAAAAAACUUGGCUCAUAAUUACUCGGAUGCUCAGGUGAAAGUACGUGAAGCAACAUCGAACGAUCCAUGGGGCCCAUCAUCGACACUAAUGGCAGAAAUUGCCGACCUAACUUACAAUGUCGUAGCCUUCUCGGAAAUCAUGCAAAUGAUCUGGAAGCGUACAAACGAUCAUGGGAAAAAUUGGCGACAUGUUUACAAAGCUUUACUCUUACUUGAGUAUCUCAUAAAGACGGGCUCGGAGAAGGUCGCCCAACAAUGUAAGGAAAAUAUUUUCUCCAUUCAAACUCUUAAAGACUUCCAAUACAUGGAAGAAGGCAAAGAUCAAGGCGUUCAUGUACGCGAGAAAGCCAAACAAAUGGUGAUUCUGCUUAAAGAUGACGAACGUCUUAAAGCGGAACGUGCAAGAGCUUUAAAAGCAAAAGAAAGAUUUGCUAGGACUGCAAGUGGCUUUGGCAGUGACGGUUCAAUUGAUGGACCGAGUCGUGAUCGAGACACUCCUGUUUGGCCUGAGUCUGAUCGUCCACCAGCAGCCGGUGCAUCUGAAAUCGAAUUCGUUCGUCCUCAGACAGUUGGUGAAGAGGAACUUCAAUUACAACUCGCAAUUGCAAUGUCGAAAGAAGAAGCUGAACAGGAAGAUCAGAAACGACGAAGCGAUGAUGUGAGACUUCAAUUAGCGUUGAGUCAGAGUGAACAAGACUUUAAGAAGCAGCACGUCGAAAAGAAACCUGAGAGUCAUUUAGUGGACUUGCUUGACAUUUCGUUUGGUGCUACAAAUAUUUCCAAUCCGCCACCGCAAUAUCAUCAACAGCAGCAGCAGCAACACAGCAGCGAUCCUUGGGGAAUGCCGUCAGUGCCACCACAACCACAAGCGAGGUCAAACGACAUUUGGUCAUCAAAGCCAGCCGAUCCUUGGCUGCCACCACCGCCAUCAUCCAUGCACUCCACAGCUUCAGCUUUUCCUAUGUCAGAAGCAAGUGCACCGAUGCCUGCUGCAAGAACAAUUUCCCCAUCAGCCAAUUCAAGCUCAUCAAUUGAAGGAUGGCUUCAAAAUGUUCCACCAAUGGCAGGCGCUGUUCCAGUCUUACCUGCAAAGCCCACCAACAAUGAUUUAGAAUGUGCUUGGUCACUGAAGCCAACAAAUGCCGAUCCAUGGAACACUAAAACACAAACACAACAAGUGCCUGACCCAUGGAAUUCGAAGAGUGAACCGUUGGAUCCAUGGGCGCCUGUCAUGAAGACCAACAAUCAGUCGAGUGGUUUUCCUGCACCAAUGCCACGUCAAACUAACAGUUCACUGGGCGGUCUUACGCCUGGUUCUGACUUAGAUGACUUUGACAUCAUCACAAAUCGAAGUAAAUCAGCACAGCAAGCAACAUCAUCGCCGGUCAAUGACUUGUUGAAUCAACAAAAUAACAACAAUUUGAAUGAUUUAUUAUCAGACAUGGAUCCAUUGGCACAGAAAAAGCCGACAGUCAACAAUCCAGCAGCUUUCUUAGGUGAAAAUUCAGCUUUGGUCAAUUUGGAUAAUUUAAUUAAGCCGAUUAACAACACGACAAAUAACAAUGCAUACAAUCCAUUUGAGUCGCCAGCGAUGAAGACAAAAAAUUUAUUCCAGCAAAAUCAACCUCAGAAUCCGUCCAUAAACCAAUUAAAGCAGCAACAACAAUUUCCAGUUACGUUAAAUCAGGAUCCAUGGGCGCCAGUCAAUAACAACGAAACAGCUCAGACAAAUUUUAAUGUUGAUUCUAAUGACGGUGACAUGUUGAAUAAUAAUGAAAAUCAUUUAAUAACUGUCGAAUGUGCUGAUGAUGACGAAGAAGUGUUUAACACAAGUUUUGUGAAUGCUUCAAUCGUGUCAGCUGCAAAUCUCAGUAAAAGUCUCGAUGAUAUUCGAACAUGUCGCGAUGUUCUUGAACAUGGCAAUCGUCGACCAGUUUCACUUGUUUUCAAUGACGAAAAUUUCUUUUCUAAAGUUAAAAUGAGUGAAUCAAAACCACCAGUUCCACACAAAAAGUCAGCAUAUUUGCAAUAUGCUUUCGGCGGAUCGGCGGGAAUGGGAGCAACUUGUUUUGUUCAACCACUCGAUUUGGUUAAGACGCGUCUUCAGAUCUCAGGUCAAGGUGGUGGUGUCAAAGAGUAUUCAGGAACUUUUGAUGCUUUCUCAAAAAUCAUUAAGCGAGAAGGAUUUCCAGCACUUUACAAAGGACUUUCAGCUGCUCUGUUGCGACAAGCAACAUACACAACAACACGAUUGGGAACGUACACAUUUUUAAAUGAAAAAUACAAGCAGAAGACAGGCAAAAGUCCAAAUCUUUUCGUCUCGAUGGGACUUGGUGUGUGCGCUGGUAUCACAGGAUCUUUCGUUGGAAAUCCAGCUGAAAUAUCUUUAAUUAGAAUGACAGCUGAUGGACGUUUGCCACUUGAUCAACGUCGUAAUUAUACAUCAGUUGUUAACGCAGUUGUUCGUAUAAUUCGCGAGGAAGGAUUAGUAACACUGUGGAGAGGUUGCAUUCCAACAAUGGGACGUGCUGCAGUUGUCAACGCUGCUCAACUUUCUUCAUAUUCACAAGCAAAACAAAUGCUCGUUAAAAGUGGCUACUUUACAGAAGGAAUUUUCAUGCAUUUUACAGCGAGUAUGAUUAGUGGAUUCGUCACAACAGUUGCUUCAAUGCCAGUUGAUAUUGCAAAGACAAGAAUUCAGAACAUGAAAAUUGGAGCUGAUGGUAGCAAAGAAUACAAAGGUGCAAUUGAUGUUCUAGUGAAAGUUUGUCGUCAAGAAGGUGUCUUUGCAUUGUGGAAAGGUUUUUGGCCUUAUUACUUCCGUCUUGGACCUCACACUGUCAUCACGUUCAUUAUUAUGGAGCAAUUGAAUACGGCUUACAACAAUUAUCAUGGGAUUGUUGGUGGCUCUGGUCUAUAAAUUCAUUCAAAACGAGGAUUAAAAAGAAUAAUUAAGACAGGAAAUGCAAUUCGACGGUGCUAGUCAACAUCGCUUUAAGCAUUUUUUUCUUUCUCAAGCAUCAAAAACACAAACGAACUGCGCAAUUGAAUGAAAUCGACAAUAAUUAACGUUGAAUUUAUAAUUAGUGAAAGAUCUGUUUCAGCGUCAACUUUAAACUAUGAAAUUCGAAAGAUUGACUCAUGUUAGCGAGUUUUUAUCUUAUCAAAAUUUGAGGCUUAAGAUGAAAAGUAUAAAAUUUAUGUAGGAAAAUUGAAAUUGAAUUAUUUACAGCUCUAAUUAUCUACAUAGGAUAUUUACAAUUAACUCUCGCAUGCAUUUUCUUUAAAUUCCAAAGAUCAAAGAAUUGAUCCCGAAAUAAUAAUGAAGAUAGCUGUUACUUGUUGUAUUUAUUUUGUUAACAAGACAUUUUUAAUUUUUACUUCUAGAUAAAUAUUUUAAAACGUUUCCUUUUAAAGUUCCACGAACAAAAUGCCUGGCAUAUCACAAUGAAAUUGUAAAAUGUGUCGCAAUAGAAGUAUAAGCAGAGAUUUAAAAAAUUAAUAUAUUUUUUGAACAAUAUAAAACGUUUUAGUUAUUUAUUAUAUUUUUCUAUGAGCAUGAGGUGGAAGCUUCACCGGUUAUAAAAUUUCUUCAAUUGAUCAAACGAGAGAUGUUUCGAGAAUAAAUUAAAUAGGUAAUUGACUAUAUACAUACUUAAUAGGAGAAAUAUUUUGCAAUUAAUUAAAUGAAAUGUACACAAGUUGAAACUAGAUUGAAUAAAAUUGAAAAAUUCUGAAACUUUCACUUUUUAAUCCUAAA